UUCCAUGCUUCCUGCUGAUCCCACGUUAAGAAACUAUUUUUAAAUAAAGUCCUCCUAAAAAUCAUCUCACUAUACAUUCUUAGAAUAGCUUGAGGGAAAGCUAGACUGAUUACAUAGUUCCUUGUACAAUUUCAUACUAAUUAUGUUAAUUAAGAACAGAUAAAAGCAAAAUGUGUCUCAUUAACAGUUACUUUGGAUAGUUUAUAUUUUCAUUUUAGAAAGCUUUAUCCUGUGAUUUCUAGGGAAAUGUUCAGACAGCUAUAUUAAAAUAUACAAAAACCCUACAAUUAUAUAUUUAUAUCUAGAACUUAAUUUCAGAUUGUUUCAAGAGGCUCUAAUGCAUGCUGGAAUUAUAUUUUAAAAUCCUCUUUAUGCCUGUUUGUUUACCUUUUUCAGACCACCGCUAGAAUCAUUUAAAUAUUUUCUGUGCAAUGGGUUGUGAAAGUCAAGUAAACAGAAUAAGAAUGAAUUAGCCCUUUGCUGUGAAGCACUAUUGGAGUCCUGCCAAUUAGAGUUCCCAUAGAGUUCUUCAAUACAGCACAAGUUAACUAUACCACACAUAACAUUUAUUUCCCUUUGUAAGUUUAUGUCUUCAACCUGGCUGGAAGUUCAAGAUAUUUUUUCUAAACUUUUUUUACUUACAUUUAUUUAAACUAACAUGAGUUUAAAAUGGAGGUGUCAAAUCACAUUUUUGCAUAAUGGAAAUGUGCAACCUAUUUGUGUGUGUAGGGGCAAUGUAAGUUAUUUACAUAGUUCCUUUCUCACUUUUGAAGAUACUUCAAAGGGGAGCAAAACCUCAAGGGAGCAGCUGCAUUUUCCCAUGGUGGUGGCAGCAGACCUGAUUUUCUAUUGUACUGCACCCUUGUGUAGUCAUUCUUAUGAAGCGCUGGUGUAGAUGACAAACAUAUUCCCUGUGGAAUAGAUUAUGUAGUUAGAUGAAAGCACACCACCACAUCUUUCUCUGAAGCGCUGCCAUAAAUCACUGAAAAAUAUUGGGCUAGAUGGACUGUUGAUCUGUUACUGUAUGACAAUACCUAUGUUCUUCACAAUGUACACAGCUUAGAAUGUCCUGUUAUAAACUGUACCCUGGAUGUACUGCAACUUUGGUAAAAUUCAACUUGUGUUUUUCUUCUGUGCUCUUGGGAGGCAAUCCUCAGUCCAUGAACCAGCCUGAAUAGCUGGGCUAAAGCUGUAGGGGAGUCAUGGUGGGAAAAGGGAAGCUUGUCCCUGUCACAAGUCUGCAGAGCUGCUAGGGAAGGCUACUUCAGCCCUCCUCGAGACAAGAGCAGUGGAGCAUACACACAGAAAGCAGUCCUGUCACCCCACCACCCUCAAGACAUCCCACCCUGAGUGAUCGUGCACGUGAAGCCUUUAGCUGACUCAAUUCCACAAGAGAGAUCCAUGGCCUUUAGAAUCCAUCCCCUCUAUGGAACAAUGGAACUGCACUACCACAGAGGUAGGGGCCUGAUUCACUCCUCGCAGAACAUGAGAAAUACUAAUAUUCCCAGUACUGCUUUUAAAACCUACUGACAAAAUAUUUAAUAGAGCUAUAUAGCUUUACUGAUAUCUUGAGAACAGAGCACUAUUCUUUUUUCCCCGAUAAAUAUCAAUACUAAGUUUCCAGUAAAAAUAAAGUUACUGGCAAAAUUAGGCAAAGGUCAAGUUAUGUAUAAAAAUAUCCCCCAAAGCACCCACUGUCUUGAGAGGACAUGGAUAACUCUCUAACCAGUAAUUUAAUUAUUUCUCUCACUUUUAGAUAUUUGCAUGCAUAGAGUUGAUGCACUAUUUUGAUUUCCAGAGCUAACUAAUGAUAAUAUAAAAUGAAAUUCAUUUAAUUGACAUUUCACAGGUAAUUUCACACUAGGCUUAGUUCACUCAAAAACCUUGGAUACAUGAAUUGUAUUUAUCUUUUAUGAAAGGAUCAGUUCAGUUACAGUCAUGAUUCUUUUAUUUCUCACUUUAAAACUGUUUCACAAAACACACUAACGUUUCAUGGAGCUAUGACUGAUAUUGUCACAGCAUGUUUUUUAAUGAUGACUACUACAUUUUUGAGUACCGAGGGUAGUGCUGAAAAUGAAGUUGUAUAGUUUACAUUUAGUUAUAGCUUUGAAUGUCUUAAGAUCAUUUUUAUAUUUGCGUGUUGUAUUUGUACAAUUGGUAUGUAUUUUGUGUAUCAAUAUGUUAGUUAUAUAAUGGGAGCGGCCCCUUCAAAAAUAUGAUUGGAGCAGGUGGAAUGGGCUCUUGGAGGGACAUGUGAGCAUUGUGUGCUCUGUGUCGAGAGGUCUGCAUGUAGGUUGGUAGGAGGGAAGGCUUAAUUUGCAGGAAACUCCUCCAUCGAAAAGUCACAACGAAAACAACAAUUAAGUUCUUCAAAAAUAAAAGUCCUCAUUGAAGGUGUAUGGCAUGACAUGAUUAUUUGUUCCUGAUAGCACCCGCAGCAACUUGCUGUAUCUGUAAAUAAACCAUUCAAAAGAUAAGGAAUGCAAUAGAUCUGAAGGAGGAAAAAGGUAACAUUUUCCCAAAAUAAUUAUUUUUAAAGUCUUUUAAAUCCCAUACCUCUGCAGUUAAGAGAGACAUACAUUUAGGAGAAUCCAGAGAAAUUUACCAUUACUGAGUACAGCUGCUAUGCAGUGUUAUGUAUAGUAACAUCACAGUGUGCUUCCAUCACUAUUUUAGCUCAUCACCGGUAAUCUAGACAGCAGAUCACUUAAGGAGAUUUCAAGUAUAAGCAACAGUUGUUUAUCCACUAGAGACCAGGGGAUAUGUUGGACGUCUGUCCAUGUAUGGAGCAAGUCUUGUGAGCCAGAAGUUUGACAUCUCCUUUGGGACAUGCUAGCUGCAAAGAUUAGCCCCACCGCUCCCUAGGAGAGGCACUUUAUAAAGUAAGAUUCCCAAAGACAGCAAGGCACAGCAGCUCUCUCCAGUAACGAUGGCUAGCAGAAAAACCAAAAAGAAGGAAGGUGGUGCCAAACGUGCUCAGAGAGCGUCUUCUAAUGUCUUCUCCAACUUUGAGCAGACACAGAUCCAAGAAUUUAAGGAAGCUUUCACAUUAAUUGAUCAGAACAGAGAUGGAUUCAUAGAUAAAGAAGACUUGAAAGAUAUCUAUGCUUCUUUGGGUAAAACAAAUGUAAAAGAUGAGGAGCUAGAAUCCAUGCUCAAGGAAGCCACUGGACCCAUUAAUUUCACAAUGUUUUUGAAUCUCUUUGGAGCAAAGUUACUUGGUAUGGAUGGGGAAGAGACCAUACUAAAUGCAUUCAAAAUGUUUGAUCCAGAUGGUAAAGGACACAUUCACAAAGACUACUUAAAACGCAUGAUGAUGACACAGGCUGACAAAUUCACUGCUGAAGAGAUAGACCAGAUGUUCAAGAGUUCCCCUAUUGAUGCAGCAGGAAACUUGGAUUAUAAAUCGUUCUGCUACACUAUCACACAUGGAGAGGAAAAGGAAGAAUAAAGAGCGCACACUUGUUAGUUGCAUUAAAUUCUCACAUUGGGUUAAUAAAUAAAAAUCAAACUUUUUUUUUACGCAGCUGUAGUGUUUGUUUUUAUGCAGCUGUAGCUCAGUUACCCAUUGCUCAUGCAAUUUAAAAAUAGCUAUGUCCUAGUCUCCAUUACUUUGGAGGGCCCAAGGUGAAAACUGCACCUUUUACCAUGCUUUUUCAUAGCAACAGUUUUGUUUUUGAGCUAACUCCAUUCUCCUUAGCCCAUUGCAGAGACACUUCAUUUCAAAUUUAUGCCAGGCAAAAUAAAACAGAGAAAGACAUGCUAGCCGAUUGUUUGCAUUUUCUAAGAACCUAUCAAUAGGUAGCUAUUAAUGGCACCUGCCUCUUUGUACACUGUGAUAGGUAAUUAUAAAAGUGGCCAUCAUUGUGGAAUCACAGUUGCAUUAUGCUGAAGAGAGAGAACAUUUGCAGAGGUCAGUCACACAUUUGCUUGUUCCAGGCUGACUACUCUAUUUUAGGGGCAAAUGAUGUUCUCUGGAGCAGUCAGUAUUGCCAGAGCCACAACUUUCAUCUUCCCCCAAAAUGAACACACAACCCUUCUUGUAAAGAUUUUCACUU